AUGUGAAGAUUAGGCGGAAGGAAGAAGUCUGUCAGUCCGCGUUAGUUAAACACCUGCCCGGUGUUUAAUUCGGUAUCAGGUCCGCUGUGGUGAUGCUGGGACCGGACUGUUCAUGGUGAGUUCACGGACCCUCUCUGGCGGCGGAAUCAUGGUGGUGCUGCCUUCACUGUCUGCGCUGCUGUGGCUUGUUGUGACACAUCACGUGACUGAAGCUGCUCUGACACGGACGGCACUGGGCAGUGAUGAGGUGGGUUCACACCAAAACACGCUCAGCUUCGGAUCCAGAACAACGUCCAACCCGCCGCCCUCCGCAGGCCCGGAGCCGGGCGACCUCGCUCCCGCCUUUAAAGUCCCGACUCUGGACGGGGAGUUCACGUACCAGCCGGGCGCCCUGAGGGGACCCCUGGUCAUCCACGCCUUCACCAACAAGUCCGGCUUUCUGGAGUGUCUGUGGAGCUCCGAGUCCUCCCUGAGCAGCCUGGUGGACGCUCUGCCGGACAGCGCCCAGGUGCUGUUCGUGUCGCUGGACGACUCCGCCGUCAGCGAUGCGCUCUGGAUGCGGGAGCAGCUGCAGCGGGCCGCCGCGCACAGAAAGAAGGAGGUUCUGUCCAGGCUGCACUUCUCUCCGGUGCCGGUCUUCGCUCUGGGCAACUGGAUCCCCAAUGUGCUUUACUACUGGAGCUGCAUGGGACACAACUGUGGGCUUUCCCAGGCUGUGUUCACCUGCCAGGGGUGGCCCAUGCCCGUAAUUAUCAAGAGACUAGACGCCAGAUACGACUGGCUCACGGCACGCUGGGGGCCCAAGUCCUACCCGCUGGUCGAUGCAGGAGACGGGUGUGAACCGUCCCCGUCAGUGGCGGGCGCUGUGGCCUGGGUGUCUGAGGGCAGCUGCUCUUUCUUCACCAAGGUUCAGAGCAUGGCCAAAUCCAACGCCUCCGGAGUCCUCGUCUAUUCCCUCCUCAGUGACCCAAUCCAGGACAUGAACUGUGUCGGAGAAGAAUGCUCCUCGCCGCUGGGCAUCCCGGCUGCCAUGGUGCACUACGAGCCCUCGGUCGCUCAGGCGCUCAGGUUUGGGCAGCAGGUGAACGUGUCCUUCCAGACCACCCCGUCCCCAAACUUCUUCAUCGGUAUUGACCAACAGGGGGCGCUGGCUGAGAUGGGCUGGUUCCUCUACCCCACAUUCAGCUUCAUCAACUGGCAGGCCCAGUGGUUCGAUUUCUCUGCUGACCUGCAGGCCAAACUCCAAAGUCCUGCCAAAGUUGUUCCUGUUUUUGAUAAAGUCCAGAUGCAGGGGGAAAAAGGAGCGGUGGCCACAGUCAACCUGCCUCUAGACUCGCUGGACUUUGACACGCUGGAGCUGGAUGCGUCGCUGUCGUGUCCCGGCAGGAGGGACUCGUCCUGCGCUCAGUGGGAUCACACGGUGCAGCUGUUCGUCUGCUGCGAUGCCCUCAGUCCGUACUGCGACGUGGAGCUGGGACGAUGGAUCACCGCCUUCCGCAGAGGUAUCGGGCGCUGGCUGACGGACGUGUCUCCUCUGAUCCCGCUGCUGGACCGCAACAAAUGCACCUUCACCAUGAAGACGGUGCCGUGGGCGAUGCCUUGGGUCGUCUCCCUCAACCUGAGAUUCAGCGUCAGCAAUCAGACGGGUACAAACGGCGAUAACACUAAUGGCAACUCCAUGGAGAAGCUCCGCCCCUUCAGGGUGGUGCCACUCUACAGCGGGGGAACCUUCGACAAAGACUACAACAAGAGGUACCAGCCAAUCAAGUUCUCCGUCCCGACGUCAACAAAAAAGGUGGAGCUCUUCGCCGUCAUCACAGGCCACGGCAGCGACGAGAACGGCUGCGGAGAAUUCUGCGUCACCUCCCACCACUUCCUGAUCAACGCUGUUUAUAACAACAGCCGCAUCUUUGAUUCCGCAGGAACAGCUCUGGGCUGUGCGAUGCGGGUCAAAGAGGGCGCCGUACCAAACGAACACGGCACGUGGCUGUACGGACGAGGAGGCUGGUGUGACGGCCUACAGGUGAACCCCUGGAGGAUGGACAUCACCAAGCAGCUGGACAUGAGCGGCUCUGAAUCCAACACCAUCGUAUACUUCGGCCUGUUCGGCGGUCGGGACCCUAAUCCAGCUCAGAAGCCGGGUUACAUCAUCAUGUCCUCUUUUCUCGUCUGCUACAAGUGACGGCACUCAGAACGCGGAUCUGAACAAAUGAAUGGAUGUUUUACUGAAUGUACAAUCAAAGAUUAAAUUUGUAUUUUCUCACUGC